AUGGUCGAGUUGUCCCUUGUCAUAGGAUUACUUUUCUUCGCUCAAAUCGUGUUUCUCGUUCUUCUCCACACUGUUUUCUUGAUAAUUCUCAUAAAAUGCUAUUCAGAGGACAAGAAAGUGAGUUUUAACACAUACAUUUCAAAAAUAGACAUUCUAUCCAUUUCAGUUCGAUUAUUACGCAGCUGUGCCCUGGAUGGAGCUUAUAAGUCUGAUUAGCUUUACUGGUGUAACUUCUCUCUUUUGUUUGUACGCUGUGGACUUUCCUGAAACCGAAGAGUUAAUUAUGAUUUUCGGCUUUGUUACCAUGUUGUGCCCUCAUAUUCUCAUAUUUAUCGACUUUGUUUUGUGCCUCCACCGAGCUCUCUGUAUUUUCAAUAUCGGCAAAGGCUUUUGCAGGAACUUUAAAUGGUAAGAUUCAAUAAAUAGGUACCUUGAAGUUUCGGUUUUUCGUACUGUGCACCACGCGAACCAAAAAACUGAAACCUCUUAUUAACCUAGCUUGAACAUACCUAGAAAGUAUUCAAAAUAAGCUUUACGGUGUAAAAAUAAUUUUUAACCUUAGCGAAUUGACCAGGAUAUAAUCGAUUUUCGUCCAUAAGAGGACAGUAGUGACUUCAACUUUUAGACUAAAUGCUUUGUUCAUGCAUGAGGAUCUCCAAUAAAUUGACAAUCAAUGAGAUUUCAGGCCUUUAGGGCUCGCAAUUUUGCUAUCAGCUCCCUUCGGACUUUUAAAUGUGACAUACACGGCCGGUUACAUAUCAGUCACUAUGACUGGGGACAAGGAUCGCGUCAAUGACAUGGAGUUCUUCGAAGUUCCAUUCAAAGUAAGGCUUUUUUCGAAGGGAAAUAUUGACCGAGCCUCCGAGAAGAGGAUCAGAGAAAGUCACCAAAAGAUAACAGCAUGUCGUAUAUUAGGCAUUCGCUUUCAAAUCAUUUCCAAACUUAGAUGUCUUUCUAUUCUCUCUACCCUCCCUGUACAAAAAAAACUUCUAGCCGAGAAUAUUCAGGUAGCCGCCACUGUCAGAAUGAUACUGAUAAUAUCUACACCCUGCGGUUACUUACUUAUUUUAUGGAGAAUAAGUAAGCAAAUGGCAAUGUCCUCGGUUUCCAACACCAAAAGUCACAGGACAAUUGUUCUUCAGGCUUUGCCAGUAUCGAUCUACUCUUUCGUGAGUUCUAAAACAAUUCCACGAAGCUCAAAAAAGUCUAAUAAACUUUAGAUAACUUCUUUCGAAAGGUACCUCAUGGUUAAUCCUUUAGUAAAUAAGGUAAUAAGUGAUGCUGGUGGAAUGUUGAUUUUUUCGAGCAUCCUCAUGUCAGGUAUGAGCGUUUCUUUAAAAUUAAUUAAUUUGAGCUUGCAGGUUAUGUUGUACCUUUAUCGUUUAUAAUUGGAAACUCGCAAAAACGCAAGAUGUUCUGGUCCAUAAUAUCUUUGGAGUUUCUUCGAAAGCCGAGGACCGUUUCAACUGUCAAUGGGAAAAGCCACGAUACCAUGAACUAA